GCCACAAUCCAUCGAUAAUUACUUUCCCUCAACCACCCAGAAUCAGAAAAUGUUGUGGCUCAUCACUACCCAGCUCUCGAGAGAAGCCUGGGGUACAGGAUUAGUAGCACCGGUCUCUCGUGUCGAUCUGCAUCGAAAUGCUUUUAGGACUUGAGCCUUGUCGAAUGCUGACGUUGCGUGUCAUCCGUGGUUACUAUUUUCUUCCAGGACAAUGUAGGGCCACAUUCCUAUGAUUGUGUCCACACGUCCUUGAAGAACUGGGCACGGCCUCGAACCCGAAAACUUCUCGUGCAUCUACAGUGUUGCAGAAGAUCUCGCUGUCGUUUGUUACUGCCUUUGAAUUGCAGAACACUGUUGUUCUGCUGUCUUGUGGCGGUGUGAGUGGCAGUUCCAACUUCAUAUUUCCCAAGGUGUAUUUCCGAACGUACGGCAUCAGUACCUAGAAGCAACAAGAAAUUUUGCUAGUCCGUUGUAAACUUGCAGCAGUCUGAAGUACCGAAGAGUGAGAUGGAUAUACCUGCAGGAAGUAGAAACAAUGUUGGGAAGUGAGCGACGGUUUGUGAAGAACCUGGCAACUUUUCUUCGGAGCAUUUUUUUGAUCUUUAGCCAAGAAUGUCUGUGUGAGAUCAGAGGGUAUCUUGAGCUGCUGGGGCUGCCCCGUGGAUCUUCCAACGACGAACAUCGAACGUCGGUACUCAUUGUUUGGUACGAGUACUUUCAAGUCCAAAGAACAAAUUUCUUUCAAAAGAGCAUUCGUGAAAAUUGUCAGAACCUAGGCGUAGAAUUAUAGCAACUUCUGUCGACAGUUUUGCGUGGAGAGAUAGAUUUAUGAAAGUAAACUUUCAGAGAUCUGGAUUCCAAAGCCCAUUACCUGAUGCAGCCUUGAAAGUUGUGAUCGAAAAAUAGUAUGUAAUAGGUUCGGAUAGGUGGAAUGGAUCAGGCGGUCAAAAUGGCAGGUGAAUACGGCACAACAAUGAGUCCUGAAGCUUGUGGAGGAGAAGACAAAGCAAUCUAUGGCACCGCGAUCAUCAAGGAUGGUGGAGCACUGUUUGUGCUGGAAUCUAAAGGGAACUGGAAGCAUGCUGGCUUCCAUCUUAGUACAUCUAUUGUGGCUCCUGCACUUCUCAGCCUUCCCUAUGCAAUGAAGGGCUUGGGAUGGGCACCUGGCUUUCUGGCUCUUAUCAUCGGAGCUGUCGUUUCCUUCUACGCUUACAUGCGGAUUUCCAAGGUACUCGAGCAGGCAGAAUUGGAAGGUCAUCGCCUCCUCCGCUUUAGGGAUAUGGGGGGUUAUGUCCUAGGACGUACAUGGGGCUACUACCCUGUCUCCGUCCUUCAAAUUGGUUUGUGCUUGGGCGCUAUGAUCGGUUGCAUUGUCCUCGGCGGCCAGAGCAUGAAGCUGAUUUACAAGGUGUUUCAUCCCAACGGCUCAAUGCAACUAUACGUGUUCACGAUUAUCUUCGGGAUGGUGAUGGCGGUGUUUUCGCAGCUGCCCUCUUUCCACUCUUUACGCUACAUCAACUUGUUGUCUCUGCUGUGCAGCCUGGGAUACAGUCUUAGUGCAGUUGGAGGUUGCAUCUAUGCAGGCCACUCAAACGAAGCGCCACCCAGGGACUACGCAGUUGUAGGAUCUCCAGGUUCCAAAGCGUAUGGUGUGUUCAACUCUCUGGUGAUCAUUGCCACAACCUACGGUAAUGGCAUCAUUCCCGAGAUUCAGGCAACGUUGGCUCCACCUGUUACAGGAAAGAUGUUUAAGGGUUUGCUUGUCUGCUACGCAGUCGUUAUAACCACGUUCUUCUCCGUGGCAGCAGCUGGAUAUUGGGCAUUCGGAAAUGAAGCCCAGGGAAAUAUUUUCAUUAAUAUUGAACCUUUUGUUCCCAAGUGGCUCAACUUCCUGUCUAAUGCCCUCGUGCUUGCACAACUCCUGGCUGUAGCCUUGGUAUACGCACAGCCGACCUUCGAAAUCUUUGAGGGCAAAUCGUCAAAUAUACAGAAAGGCAAAUAUUCCGCCCGAAACCUUGUCCCACGUCUCAUCCUCCGAUCUGCACUUGUGGCUAUUACCACACUCAUAAGUGCAGCUAUACCAUUCUUUGGAGACAUUAAUGCCGUGAUCGGUUCCUUCGGCUUUACCCCUCUUGACUUCGUCCUGCCAUUCAUCUUGUAUGCUGGUGUCUUCCAUCCCUCUCCUAGAACGCCCAAGUAUUGGCUCCACUGGACUAUCGUCAUCGUAUUUAGCAUUGUUGGGCUACUGGGAUGCGUCGCCUCCGUCCGUCAAGUAGUUCUCGUUGCCAGCACAUACAAAUUAUUCGCUAAUAUAGUUUGAGCAUGCAAACUAACUUGUAAAGCAGCCAGAAGGCGUCAAGUUGAUUAGAGAAAUGUUCUGCACAUAUGUGCCCGUGACCAAUCUAUGAUGCGGUGUGACAGUUAUGAUAUAGAUUACUUUCGGGCCAGCUGUGCGACGGACCAGUUCCCCA